AUGAACUACCGGGAUGCAAAUACACAAUUUGAACGGAAAAGUCUUCGUGACUGCCCUGUUCGUCAAGCGCAACUCCGAUAUGACCUCUACUCUCUACUCGAGAAAUACGCACCGCAAUGUCCUUCUCCGGAGUUAGGGCAUUCGGCCGGGAUGCCGCGAUUCGACGCGCUCGAUGACCUCCCGCGAAAGAAUUACAUCGAUAAUGCCGAUGAGCUGUUGCAGCCUAUGAAGGAGGCGCAUAAUGGGUUUGUGAAGGAGAUUCGGAAGUCCUGGACUGGCUAUCCUUACAUCGUUGGAACUGAGGGCAUAGUUUCCGCUGCUGGAGGAACAUACAUGCCUACAUUUGUUGUGACUCUACGAGUUCUCCGACGAACCGGUUGCCAGUUACCAGUUGAGCUCUUUGUCAAAAACUCAACCGAGUACGAGCCAUAUAUCUGCGAAACCGUUCUCCCAGCCCUCAAUGCAAAAUGCAUCGUUCUCUCAGAAACCAUGACCCUAAGCCCCGAUCCCACAAAAAACACAACAGUUACGAUCGAGCACUUCCAAAUCAAAUCCUUCGCCCUCCUGUUUUCCUCUUUCGACAACACCAUUUGGCUCGACGCAGAUAACCUCCCCCUCCACAACCCAACACCCCUCCUAUCCUCCAAACCAUUCACAUCAACAGGCCUCCUCACCUGGCCCGACUUCUGGGCCUCCACAAUAUCCCCGACAUACUUCAACAUCUCGCAACAACCAGACUUCCCAACAAAUGCCCGUGCAUCAACAGAAGCAGGCAUGCUACUUGUCUCUAAAAGAACCCAUUUCUCAACCCUCCUCCUAGCGACAUACUACAACUACUAUGGCCCCUCCCACUACUACACCCUCCUCAGCCAAGGCGCCCCCGGCGAAGGCGACAAAGACACCUUCCUCCCAGCAGCUUCUGCCCUCGGCAAUCCAUUCCACGCAGUCAGCGAGCCAGUGGCCGAUCUCGGCCGUCCGCAUCAUCCUAACGAUGAAGAUGCAGAUGAUGAUAUAGUUGGUUCGGCGAUGCUGCAGGCUGAUCCGAUUGAGGAUUAUGAGCUUACUAGGCGUGGAAUAUGGAGAGUGAAGGGUGAUUCUGUUGCUGAGCCGCCGAGGGGCUUUUUUGUGCAUGCGUAUAACCCCGAGUUUAAUCCUGGGGUAGAGCUUUUGGGAGAGAAGACGCAUGAUAGGGAUGGGAAUGCGACGAGGGUUUAUACGGGGCCGAAGAGGGCGUUGAGGAGAAUUGGGUAUGAUGCCGAGAGGGGCUUCUGGGAGGAAGUUAGGAAGGUGACUUGUGGGUUGGAGGGAGUGUUUGAGUCGUGGAAGAAUAAGGAGAGUUUGUGCGAGGGGGUUAAGAGACAUUGGGAGGAUGUUUUUGAGAGUCCGGAUGCUGAGGUGUUGGAGUUUAUGAGAUGA